UUUCACAAACAAGUGAUGAGGCUAUGUGGAGAGUCAUCCGGCGGGAAGUAGGUCGGGGCGCGACCUACAUAGAUGACCUUUACCGGUUAACUAGGCAGAAUGGCCACGGAGGAUGAGACGGAUAACCAUAAGGGCGAAGGAGGACCAGGCUUAGGAGGUAGUGCCGCACAAAGCAAAGAAGGGCAGAAAGACAGAGAAUCGAUAAAUCCGGAUGGUACCAAAGGGAACCGGAAGGAAAUCUCCUCAGGAGAAAGCUCGGGAAAAGCCGGGGGAAGCAGGCAAGGGGCUCUGGAAACCAAGGAGGGCAGGAAUAAGGAUAGGACAAGCCCUCGGAAUUCAGAGGGAGCUGUGUCAAAGAAAGUAAGGGUCACGGAUGCGAGGCGCAAACUAGCAGAGAUAGAAAAGAGGACCGCAGAGUACAAGGCAAGAUUGAUUGAGGAAAUGAUGACUGGGAACGAAGAAGGCCCUCUGCACGAGGAACCGCGGGACGAGCGAAAAAACAGCCGAGGCGGAACUGGACAAGGGGAUAAAGGUAGUGACUGUGGGGGAACACCGAGCAAAAGGAGGAAAGAGAGAGAGAACUCCCCGGGGGUGGAAGCAGAGAAAGCCAUGAACCCACAAGCUAUAGAUAGUAGGGUUAGCCGUCUGCCGACCACACCAGCAGUAACACGAGGAUGUGAAGGGCUCUGGAGCCUCAGGGAAAGAGUGUUGGGAUGGUUCGACCCGGAGGGAACUGCGAAGACUAGGGAGGGACGGAAGGCCGGCAAGGAAGGUCUGGAUAACAGUAUGGCAGGCGAGGCCAGUUGCUCCGAGGGCGGCCUUAGGAAGAUAGUGUCGUCCCUCGCCCGAGCACUAAACAAAAAUCAAGGCUACCUAGCGGACGCUAAGAAAAAGUUGACGUUUGACGGGGCGAACAUCACGGAAUUCCUGAUAGAUUACGAGAAUCUGGCCGUGCUGUUGAAAUGGACCGAAGACGAAAAGAUGGACCACUUGGGGCAGCAUGCGUCUUUGAGCUUGGGACGGGACAUAAUGGCCAUCGUAGCCUCAAGCCGAUCCUGGAAGGAAACCGGGGAUGUGAUGAUGAGAAAGUACCUAGCAACGGAGAAGAUGGCUACGGAGGCCGACUUAGCGGCAGUCCAGAGGAAGAACUUCUCAACGUACAAUGACUUCCUACGGGAGUUUACUCUGGUAACACUAAGGAUCCCGGGAGUGAUGGAUCGAAUAAUGAGCAAAUACUUCCUUAGGCAGUUCUCCGAGUUCGACAAAGACAAGAUUUUAUCAGCCUACCUGCAGACGAGCAAGUUCGUAAACACUAGGGAUGUGGAUUUUAGCACCGUAACGGACCUAGCCGAAAAGACGGUAGUGAUCGAGACGCUGGCCUUGCUCAAGGAAGGGGAGGUCAUAGACCUGACCGGGAGAACAGGUGACAAGGUAAAGAAGGGGAUCGAAAUUCUACAUGAAUGGGUGCACGGAGUCGACAACAAGAUUGAAAGGAUGGAGAGCGCGUCGUUAAAGGGGGAGAUAUUCGGACCGAAGGGAGAACGGGUGAAUUGGAACUCGCCAGGAGGAAUGCGGCGAGCCGUUAUCAUACUCAAUGGGUUAGAGAUAGCGGCCGUAGAAGCUGAGCCGGUGGUUGAUAUCAUCUGGGAACAACUGCGGGGUCGUGGGCCGCAGGUCAACUUCAUUUUGGAAAGCGACGGACGUGAUAGGGUGAACGCGAUUACUCGGCUAGGGACGGUUGGGGGAAGGAUUAUCCGUGACAUCGUGAUGGAGGAGGUUGCCGGGAGUUCCGUACCCCAGGCACAACCUGAGGUCGGGGAACCAGAGAAAGUCUAUGGGAAGCCUAGGGAAGAGGAACCCACAAACAAAGUUACCGCCGCCAAAAAGAAGUUUAGGUAUCAGAUUCCGAUCUUAACCAUAACAAAGGUCGAUGACACCCUUAGCAAAUUGCUAGGGAUUAUGGUGUCGGUGUCAUUUCAGACCAUGCUGCAGGCCAGCCCUAGGUUGCUUAAAGGGCUAAGACAACUGUUGACUCGGCGAGUAGAGAUAGAUGAGGACCCCGAAGCGCCGGAAGAGGAAAGGGAGGAGGAGGCUCCGCAAGAAGUCGCUAACCUGCAGAGGAGUCACGGGGACUUGGAGGAUCUCGAGAAAGCCUUUGCAGACAUCCGUUUGAGCCUGCCCGACCGAGAGGGCGGCGAGGUCAUGAGGGCACCACCCGGGAUAAAGCUUAGCCUUCAUGCAGUGCCCUUAGGGAAGCUGAAAGUCCAGAUCGGGACUCAUCAUACCAACGCAUUAGUAGACGGGGGAGCAAAAAUCACUCUCAUAAGGAGAGAUUUCGCAACAAUUACGGGUUGUACGGUAAACAAGGAAGUAACAGGGAGCAUCCAGGGAGCUGGCGGGGAAAUCCCGUUCGCUGGGUAUGUCACGAAGUGCGUAGUAAAGGCAGGAGUCAAAGAGUCGAUCUGGUCGUUUCAGCGAAUGACCGUAAUGGAGGAAAUGGACCACGACAUAAUCCUCGGGAGACCGUGGUGCGCAAACGUAGAAAUGAUAGGCAUGCACUUGCACGACGGCUCGUACAUGGUAGACAUAGAGGACCCAGUGACCGGCCGGGGAGAACUCCGACUCCUUGGAACGGGAGGAGGACCCCCGAAGGGGAAAUUGGCAACAUGGUCGUCGUCAUUUGAAGAUAGCACACGAAAGGGGCCUUUGCUCGAAUGGAGGGCAUGAGAGAGAGAGUAGAGAUCAUGAUCGAGGAGGCCUUCAAUAAGAAGGAAUGGAUCAAGAUGGGCCUGCCCGAGAAGAAGAGGAGACAGGACAAGUUUUAGAAAUCAAAUAGUUCAAAAAUU